CAGGCUCCGGUUCCCUUCCUCGUGCUGAGGGGCUGAGGGUGCGGCCCCUCCCCGGGCUCCCCGCCCGUUCUCGCUGUCCCGCCGUGAUUCAGCAGCGGGGCCCGCUCGCUCCGUGACCGCGAUGCAGGCGGAGGGCGGCUCCCGGCGCUGCGGGGUCAGGCCUGGUCCUGCCUCCGCUCCGUGCUGCCCCGUAGUUCCGGUGUCUGCCCGGUGCUGCCCCGCGGUGAAACUGCGCCCUCAGAGCUGCUGGGAUUCGGGUACGGGGUUCUAAAUGGCUUCUAAGAAGUUGGGAUCCGACUCUCACGGACCUUUCAGCUAUCUUGAUGAUGUCCCAUUUAAGAUAGGAGACAAAUUUAAAACCCCUGCGAAGGUUGGAUUACCCAUUGGUUUCUGCCUGCCUGAUUCUUUUCAGCUUGUCAGAGAUGCCCAGUAUGACUUCUCGCUGGAAAAGAAAACAAUUGAGUGGGCUGAAGAUAUCAAAAAAAUUCAAGCUGCCCAGAAGGAAGCUGAACGCAAGGCUGAAGAAGCAGUAGCAAACUCAAAAAUGGCUCCAGAGGACAACAACAGAAUGGGGUUCUCAGAGGGACCUUGCCCCGAGGCCAUGCCUCCACCUAUUAACCCCAUACUCGCUAGUCUGCAGCACAAUAGUAUUCUUACUCCUACUCCAGCCAACAGUAGUGCUGUGAAGCAAAAAGUUCUUAGUCCGCCUCAUCCAAAAGCAGAUUUCAACCCAGCUGAUUUUGAAUGUGAAGAAGACCCAUUUGACAAACUGGAACUAAAAACUAUCGAUGAUAAGGAGGAAUUAAAAAACAUUCUUGAAAUUCACGUUGGUACUACUGGGCCAGUUGUUGCCCAGCUGUUAGACAACAGCUUGCCCAAAGGAAGGUCUGAGUCUGUGUUACAGGAUCAGGAAGUUUUGGCAUCCAUAGAAAGGGCCACGUUGGACCUGAAGCCCCUUCACAAACCCAAUGGCUUUAUCACUUUACCACAGCUGGGAAACUGUGAAAAGAUGUCCUUGUCUUCCAAAGUGUCCCUGUCCCCUAUCACUUCAGUGAGCAAUAUCAAAUCCCUGUCCUUUCCUAAACUCGACUCAGAUGAGGGUGAUCAAAAGUCAUCAAAGCUCAUGAGCACUUUUCACAGCACUAGCUGUCUCCGCAAUGGCACUUUUCUCAGCUCUUUGCAGGCCUGUGCUCAGAAUAAAGCUAGCGAACUGAAUGGACACCAUAUGGUUGAUCUUUCUGCUGUAAACGAGGACAGUGGAAUGGAGACAUCAACAUUAUCCUCUUCAUCCAGACUGCCGUCCCUGGCUUUGUCAACGCUGUGUACAGAAGAACAAAGCACAGUGACCACGGUACAUGCAGACAAGGAGACAGAAAUCCCUAUGGUAACACACCAAAAUUUCCCAGUGUCUAAAGUGCCCAACAGCGCGACCUGCACAAAGCAGUCGGGUGUCUCUUUCCCAGAGUUACAGCAGGCUCUCUCUGCUAGUGAGAGGCAGUGUGUAGAGACAGUUGUCAGCAUGGGCUAUUCACCUGAGAAUGUCCUGAAAGCCAUGAAGAAGAAGGGGCAGAACAUAGACCAGGUUCUGGAUUACCUGUUUGCACAUGGACAGCUUUGUGAGAAGGGCUUUGAUCCACUUCUUGUUGAAGCAGCUUUGGAGAUGCACCAGUGUUCGGAGGAGAAGAUCACAGAACUUCUCCAGCUAAUGAGUCAGUUUAAAGAAAUGGGCUUUGAACUAAAGGACAUUAAGGAGGUCUUAUUAUUACAUAACAAUGACCAACAAAAUGCUUUGGAAGAUCUAAUGGCCCGUGCAGAAGCCAGCUGAAAGCACAUUCCUGAGCUCUUGGCGUGCAGUGGAACAGCCCCUCCACCUUCACAUUCAGUGUGACUUGCUCUCGGCAAGGAGUCCAGUUUUUUGCAUACAUGGGAAAAUGACUGACCAAGCCCGCCUGCGUGCAUCACUCCAGCAUUUCUCUUUUCACUGGGAGCCAACUUUCUUUCUUAAAUUAAAUUUUUGAAGUGUCCUUUCCUAAGUUUCCUUUUUCCAGCUUGGCCACGGAGAGUCUAGACUGCCCAGCCGCUACUGGAAUUGUAUAUAGUCAGAGACAGGAGUGGUCCUCCUCACUGUUGCACUGGAGUUGGACUGGGGAUUACUAAAUUUGUCCUGAAACAUAUGAUACUUUGGUUCUUUGAAGCUGCUUUCUUGGUGUCUGCUUGUACUGAAUUACUUGACUGUGUCACAGUCCAGAUUAUCUGGUUAAAUUUGACCUUUAGUGCAAUGGAGUUUUAUUUUUUGGUUGAAAGUUAGCCUGUAACUUAGUGAAACACUGGUUUGGAAAUUGUCGCCAUGCAUAAAGAGAGAAGCUGUUCCUCUUGUUUCUUCUUUAACCUGUGCAUCCCACACUUCUGCCAGACAUAAGUGUCCUAUGCUAAGUGGUUAUAAAUUCUCUUGAAAUAUUA